UUAACUGGGGCCAGGGUGGCUUUAAAUAGAAUCGGGGACAGGGACGGGGACGUGGCCAUGGGCAGCCGUGGGGCCAAGGGGUCGUAGCCGCUGGCGGACGGAUCCGGGAGCAGGAUUCGGUGCUGGAAGAGGUCAGGAGGGAGCUGGAGUGACGGAGAGCCGGCCCGGGGACCCCCCCCAGCUCCAUCCCUCGUCCCGCCAUGUCCUUCGUGGAGCUGCUGACCCGCCUGGGCGGGAUGGGACGCUUCCAGGUGACCUACGUGGCCGCGCUGGCCUUUCCUCUGCUGAUGCUGGCCAGCCACAACCUUCUGCAGAACUUCACCGCCGGCAUCCCCGAGCACCACUGCCGGCCCCGGCCGGUGGCCAACGACAGCAUCGGCGACGUCCCCCUCUUUGUCUCCAUCCCCUCCGAUGACCACCACCGCCCCCAGCGCUGCCGCCGCUACGUGGAGCCCCAGUGGCACCUCUUGGAGACCAACGGCACGGCCAACGGCACGGCCACCGGGGCGGCCACCGAGCCGUGCCACGACGGGUGGACCUACCGUGACGGCGUCUUCGCCCACACCAUCAUCAGCGAGUGGGACCUGGUGUGCGAGUCCAAGAAGCUGCGGCAGGUGGCCCAGUCCAUCUACAUGGCCGGGAUCCUCCUGGGCUCCGGCUUUUUCGGGGUCCUCUCCGACAAGUUUGGUCGCCGGGCGCUGCUCACCUGGUGCUACCUGCAGCUGGGGGCGGCGGGGGCCGGCACCGCGGCCGCCCCCACGUUCGUCAUCUACUGCCUCUGCCGCUUCCUGGGGGGCCUGGCCAUGGCCGGCGUGUCCCUCAACUCCGCUUCUCUCUGCAUGGAGUGGAUCCCGACGGAGGCGCGCGCGGUGGUGGGCACCAUCAACGGCUACUGCUACACCCUGGGGCAGUUCGUGCUGGCGGGCAUAGCCUUCGGCCUCCCCCACUGGCGCUGGCUCCAGCUCGUCGUCUCCCUCCCCUUCUUCUUCUUCUUCCUCUACUCCUGGCUGUUCGUGGAGUCGGCCCGCUGGCAGGUGAUUUCGGGGCGACCCGACCUGGCCCUGAAGGGGCUCCGCAAAGUCGCCCGCGUCAACGGGAGGAAGGAGGAGGGCGAUAAGCUCAGCGAGGAGGCGCUGCGGGCGCUGGUGCGCCGGGAGCCCCCGAUGCCGGGGGGGGCCCUGGCCGCCCUGGUCCGUACCCCCGGGAUGAGGACAGUCUCCUGCGGCGUCUCCUUCGUCUGGUUCUCUACCAGCUUCGCUUACUACGGGCUGGCCAUGGACCUGCAGGGCUUCGGGGUGGACAUCUACCUGAGCCAACUGGUGUUUGCGGCGGUGGACAUCCCGGCCAAGCUGGCCUCCGUCCUGACCAUCAGCGGUGCCGGGCGCCGGGUGGCCCAGGGGGCUUCCUUGGGGCUGGCGGGGGUCUGCAUCCUCGCCAACAUCAUCGUGCCCACGGAGCUGCAGACCCUGCGCAUGGCCUUGGCGGUGGUCGGCAAAGGUUCCUUGGCCGCCUCCUUCAACUGCGCCUACAUCUUCACCGGGGAGCUCUUCCCGACCGCCAUCAGGCAGACGGGGAUGGGCCUGGGGGGCACCAUGGCCCGGGUGGGGAGCAUGGUGGCCCCCCUGGUGCGCAUGGCGGCCGACGUCAGCCCCGUGCUGCCCCUCGUCAUCUACGGGGCCGCCCCCAUCGUCUCGGCCACCACCUGCUUCCUGCCCGAAACCCGCAACGUGCCCCUGCCCGAGACCGUCAAGGACGUCGAGAGACGGUGAGGGGGGUCCCCGUCC